CUAAGAGGAUUCAACCUCAACCGUGAUUGGCUGAUUUCAGAUCUCUAAGCCAAUAGGAUUCGCGGUUGGAUGGACGUGGAUAAGGCUGUAAAGCGUCUAGAUACAUGGACUUAGCUAGACGUUAACAAGUUGAUAAGCUAAACUUGCCAAAAAUAAUUCUUUAUAUUGCACACAAAAGUGAACAGUUUUGUUUCAGUUAUUAUGAACCUGUAUUUCCAGAUGUGAUUAUUUGUAAAGAAAUCUGGCCUUUUUUUUAAACGGCGUAAAUCUCAGUGCGGCGAGGACAAACUUGGAUCAUGUCAAAAUUCAACUUGACUUUCAGAAGAAGCGAGAGAAAGGCAUUUAAGAACAUAGCUCAUGGCUUGAUUCCUGCUGCCACCAUUGCUCCCAAGCCUGCUGUUCCCCGCACUCCUCCCCCUCGUAGUCCCAAUACCUCACCAGAGAGACCCAGGUCUGCUCUUGCGGCUGCCAUAUUAACGUCCUCCUUAACAGGACGCACCUUCGCCAUCCCUCCACCUCGCAGCAGGUCCUAUUCUGAGAGCGAGUGCUCACACACGGACAGCCACACUGGCUUUGAGCCUUAUGCCAGCACAGCACUUUACACCAGGGAUCGAUGGCCAGAUUCGGUGGCAGGCCGACCUCGUCUGCCUUCUCCACGACCCGAUGACGCUGAUGAUGAUAACGAUGAAGAUGAGGAGGAAGAGAUAGAGGCAGACAUGCAGAGGGAGGAAAGUCAUGUGUACCAGACCAUAGAGAGACAGAGCAGAGCUCCAGGGCCACUGAAGAAGGCCUCCGCUCACUCAAAACUGGAUGACGACACUGACAACUCUACGUUUGAAGUCGUCUCACCUUUAAACACUGAAGAUGAAACCGAGAUGGAUGAAGGGACGAGUGUAAAGAAGCCCCCAUUGGCACUACAGACAAGAUCUCCGUCUCACAGAAGCAUGGCAUCUCCAGAUGUGAAUGAAGACCUGCGCACUCAGUCUCCGUCCAGCAGCACUCCGAAGAGAAAGACCUCGAUGAUGAAGAAGAGUCCAACAAGAGAGAGUGAGAGAGAAAAAUUAGAGGUGAACGAGGCAUAUCACCGUGCUGUGGAGUUUCAGCAGGAGUUGAUGAAGGAGCUGAGAGAGCUCAGAGAACAAAAUCACACUCUGACUGCACAGAAGGAGGUGCUGGAGAGGACAUGCUCAGAACAGAGCCAGCAAAUCCAGCAGCUACACCAGCAGCAAUCACACUCGCCCCAAGAGAGAAGACACUCCGUAGGUGAGAGCUCUGAAUUGCUGAGCUUGAGGCAGCAGGCGCAGGAGCUGGUGGAUGAGAAUGAUGGAUUAAAGAUGACAGUGCAUCGGCUAAACGUGGAGCUGAGCCGAUAUCAAGCCCGCUUUAGACCACUCACCAGAGAUGAGUGUCCUCGUAACAGUGGCCUGCCAGGGAAAGGACCCGCUCCUCCAUGGCUGUUGGAUAUGAAAUAUUUAUCCCCACUCUUAUUGGCUUAUGAGGACCAGCUGACCGAGAGAGACCAGCUCCUCAAGUUCUCUGAGGAGGAAUUAAAGAAGUUGAGAAUGCGCACAGAGGAGGUGAUUCAGGAGAAUGAGAAGCUUCACACAGAGCUCAGCAAGAGGAGCAGUGUCAGUAAUAAAGAGUGGAAGCAGUUGCAAGAUCAGGCAAGGCUGGUAUUGGAGGAGAAUCAGGUGCUCAUAGAACAGCUGGAACUGCAGCAUGAUAAAGCCAAGGAGACACACACCAAACACACACAAGAAGUGUGUAAGGUGUCAAAACAGGUCAUGUUGUUGGAGGCUGAGAAGCAGAACCUGGAGACUGAGUUAGAGGUGGCACGUAAAGAGCUCUGCAUGCUGAAGGUGAAGCUUCAGAAAGCUAGUUCUGCCUUGGAGAACUCGGUCAGCCGUGUCGAGCACACUACCACUACAGACAAACUCAAAUGGAAGUUGGAAGAAGAAGAGAAGAUGAAGUGUACCGAGGUGGAGGGGCUGCAGGAUCGUGUGGCCACUCUGCAGGCUGAGAAAAAGACUCUUCUUUUAGAGAAAAAUGACCUCAAUGCACACAUCAAACACCUGGAGAGCGAGCUCCAGCUGGCACGCCAAGCGAACAGAAAGGCUCAGAGGCGUAUCGAUCUUCUGAAGCAGCAGAUUGAAGAUUCGUUAGAGAAAGAGCUCGUAGCCCACCAGUAUCUCACCAGCGUUGUGAUGCUUGCAGAGAAAACCACAUAUGAGAGAGACCAACUCAUACACAUGGCCUCAUGUCUGGAGAAAGACAAGCAGGGCAUCCUUACCCGCAUCCUGGAGGGCACCGUGCAUCUCGGAAAACUUCAGGAAAAGGUCAAGGUGUUCAAGCAGCAGGCAUCAGCGAGUGUGUGUGCGCUGGGCCAGCGUUUGCAAGAACAGGAGAAGGACUUUGCAGGCAAAGCGGCAAGUUUCCAGCGGGAGAUCCAACACCUGCAGGCUCAGCUCCGCGACCGACAAGAACAACUCAACGGAGCUCUGCAGCAAAAGAGAGAGGUGGAGAAUGAACUGGAGGUGGUAUGGGAAGCUGCUGCAAGAGAAAACCAGCAUUUGCAGGACAUUGUGAUGGGCAAGGUCGAUGUUUUGUUGAGCCCUCAUGACUCACGCCUCUCUCUGGCCUGGAAGCCACAGGAAAACCUCAACCAAGCAUGCCAUCCGAACAGCACAAUGUCUCCUACCUUUAUCAUGAUACCAAAACAGAGCAGUGCCACGUUCAAACCUGAUUCUCUACAGCACCACUACCUGUCGUCUGAUGAGAGUCUAAUGAUGCUUUAGACUUUUAUUCCUGAUAUGACACGUGAAACUGAUGUCCCUAAUAAAGAAUGGGAUCAUUUAAAAAAUAAAUUGAGUAAGCACUUCACAAGGCCUAAACAUGAUUAGAUAUGCUAUAUGUGCCAAAUAAUGGAUUCUCUUUCAUUCUGGUCUAUUUAUUCUGUAAAACUGUAGUGAGCCCCUCUACACCAAACAGUAUCACUCAUGUUGAACCAUUUCCACUUUCCAUAACAAAUCUUUUGGCCCAAAAUUCAGUCAUUUUUAUUGUUACCACUGUAAGUUGAAAAAUAAUUUUCCACCAUAGAUGGUGCUAAUUUCUUUACUUCUCUGUGACACCAACAAACAUUAUCCAUCCAACAAAUGACUUUUUAGGAAACCAAAAAUAUUUUUUUUCUGUGGAAGCACUCUGAAGAGUUCUUUUUGGAAUUCUUUUUUCUUAACUGUUGAAUGCAUUUGCUUGACAAUAAUUUAAAAUUCACAGUUCUUUCUUAACCCUAAAUGUAAGACAAGCUCUGCAUUUGAUUUUAGAUUAUGUAGGUGAAACCCAGUUCCAUAUGUUAAGCUUGAUCUACUUAAUUCCACCCAUUCAUCAGUCUUUAAUGAUUAUUUUUGCUCUUAUACACUGAUUCACUCUUGCGUUGUAAUUAAAUGCCUUUCAGGUGCUGAUUAUCUGAUUAUCUAGUUUUAUGUAUAACUUAACAAAACACAUCAAAACAUCACUAAACAAUUUAGCUAUGUUAAAAAAUAGUGCAUAGCAGCUCAAUUUUUUAGGACUUACAUACAGAGAGUGUACUUGUGAUCUCUCCAUGGUUGGAAUUAGUAGACUGAGAUAAUACAGAGUGUCCUUGAGAGAGACUCAGACAGUAACUGAUUAGAAGAUUCUUCUCAGAUACGUACAGAGGUCCAGAUUAUUGCAUUAAUGUGUAAUCUUAAUUACUGAUCAUGUCUGAAGAACAUGAUGUUUUUCUUGACUACAAGGAAUUGAACUGGGUGAUAAAUUAAUUGCCUUUUUUGAAGUUUUGCCAAAAUAGUUUUAAUCAAAAGAGCCUCUUCUGUCGUUUUAAUGAGACCAAAGUUACACAUUUUUGAUAUUCUGAACAUGAGUAAACUGAUGUGCAGUUUGUCAUUAAUGUAUUAUCAAAGAAUUUCUUUAAAUUAUUUAAGUAUAUAAGUACUACUCAGAUGCUUGUUAAUAAAUAAUGUCCACUCCAUCUGAAGUUUAACACAAGAUGUAUAAUCACAAUUUCCUAGGAAAAUGCAGAAGGCUUUUUAUCACAUGCACGUACAGUAUAUUUUAGAUAUACCAGUAGUAAUUGAAAAUACUUACAAUCAUACAGUAAAUUGUCAUUUUUAACACUUUGUUGUAAAGCUUUUGCAGUCAAUGGCUGCCUGAAGUCUGGAACUCACAGUCACCACCAGAUGCUGGGUUUCUUCCCUGGUGAUGCUCUGUCAGGCCUUUACUGCAGCUUGUUCUUAAGGCAUUUUGCCUUCAGUUUUUGGCUUCAGCAAGUGAAAUGCAUGCUCAAUUGGAUUCAGGUUAGGUGAAUGACUUGGCCAAGAGCAUAAGCUUAACUUGUAUAGCAUACACUUUAAAAAGUAUUGGGUUGCUUUCAAAGUAUGCUUCAGGUCCUUGUCCAUCUGCUCUGUGAAACAACAUCAAAUGAGUUUUGAAGCAUUCGGCUGUAUCUGAGGAGAUCAUAUAGCCCUACACAUUUCAAUAUUCAUCCUGCUGAGUGACUUUCAAGUAAUAAGGCUUCAAGCAGAAAUAGUGCAUCAGGAUGGAUCAGGCAGAUCUGGAUGGCAGAAGGAGUCAAGAUCACUGGUAUCUUAGGACAUGUGUAGCAUGAGAGAGAGAGAGAGAACACAGAUUAUUAGGAAUGUGCAUUGUGUGCAGGGUGCAAGCAGGGACUCCGGCAAGACUAGCUAUUACAGCAUAACUAAGAUGGAGAGCCAGAUGGUAACACAGACAUGAGGGCACCUUUGGACAUAAAGCAACCAGCCACUACACCAUCAAUAAACUUGAGUAAUAGUGGGGGGGGUGAUGGCAUUCAAACAUCACAGUUCACCAAACACUCUAUGCCUAAACACAUGAGCUGCACCAUUACCUAAGAGAAAUGCUAUUAACAAAAGGCUUGACUAAACAAAUAGGUUUGUAGCCUAGACUUAAAGACUGAGACUGUGUCUGAGUCCCGAAUACUAAUUGGAAGGCUGUUCCAUAACUGGGGGGCUUUGUAAAAACAAUCUCUUUCCUCUGCCUUCAUUAUUCAAGAUGCCAAUAAAGAACCUGCACCUUUUGAUCGAAGUAGGCAUGGCUAGAGUCAGUAAUAACACCAAGGUCUUUUACUGCUGCACAUGAUGCCACUGAAAGCUUAUCCAGAGUUAGUAUGUAAUCAGAAAGCUUGCUUCUAGCUGUCUGUGUUCCUAGUGGAAGUACUUGUUAGAAUUAAGUAGGAGGAAGUUACUCAGCAUCCAGUGUCUAAUGUCUUUUACACAUUUCUCAACUUUAUUAAGCUGGUGUCUCUCAUCUGGCUUACGGAAGCUAAUAUCAUGUUUAUGAAUAACUGUAUCCAGAGGUAACAUGUAUAGAGAAAAAAGCAGUGGGCCUAAAAUAGAACCAUGUAUAAAACCAAACUUUACCUUAGGGUGCAUUGAGAAGUCAUCCUUUACAUCUUCAAACUGAUAAUGAUCAGUCAAAUAAGACCUGAGCCAGGAGAGGGCCGUUGCAUUAAUGCCAACAUUUUCUAGUCCAUCAAGGAGAGUAAUAUGAUUAGUGGUGCCAAAAACUGCACUAAAGUCAAGCAACACAAGCACAGAGACAAAACACUAAUCAGAGGCCAGCAGUAGAUCAUUUACCAUUUUGACCAGCGCUGUCUCAGUACUGUGAUGAGGCCUAAAUUCUGACUGAUAGAUUUCAUAAAUGAUAUUCCUAUGCAUCUUUUCCCCAUUCAGUUUAUUGGCUGAUGAGAUUAAAUUCUCCUCUAAUAUGUCCCAGUAUAUCGUUCCAUUCAUAUUUCCUUUCAUGAUGUGUAAUGCCCCAGUUUGCAAAGAAGCAACCUUCAUACUGCACUGUGUGUAUGAUGUUCUAGGGAUCACAUGCACAACCCUUCUUUCUUCAAACAGUAUAAGCUGAAUUAUUGCCGAACAGUUCUGUUUUUGUUAAGUCUGACCAGAGUAUAUUGUUCCAGCAAUUGUUUUGAUUUGUCUAAAUGCUUUAAACAUGCAUCUCUGUGUUUUUUAACAGAGCAGAGGAGCUUUGUGUGGAUUGUAAUAGAGAUGAUUGUAGUGCAGUUUAUUGCUUAUUGUUCUCUGUGUCACUGUUGUUCCUGCUGCUUUCAGGACAAACUCUUUUCGAGUGACUGCUAGCUUCUCUUUCACCCUUUUUAUUACUAGUCUGAGAGCACAUUGUGAAAUCUUGCAUAGUUCACCUGUACAGGGAUGAUUAGCUGUGGUUCCAUGAACUUUCCAAAAAUGUUAUUUCCCCUCACUUUGUAUAUACCUGCACAUUUAAUUAUCCAGUUAUCCAAUUAUCCAAUCAGCAGCACAAUGCAGAUACAAAUGUUCAGCUUCAGUAAUGUUUACAUCAAAUACUGGGAUUGGGGACGAAUGUGAUCUCAGUGAUCUCAGCGGCAUGGUUGCUGGUGCCAGACUACCAGGUUUGAGUGUUUCAGAAACUGCUGAUCUCCUCUGAUUUUCACACACAACUGUCUCUAGAGUCUCAUAAACACAUGAAAAAACACCCAGUUAGUAGCAAUUCUGUGUGCGGAAAUGCCUUGUUGAUGAGAGAGGUCAGAGGAGAAUGGCCAGACUGGUUUGAGCUAACAGGAAGGCUACAAUAACUCAAACAACCACUCUACAACAGCAGAAGGCCACACCGUUCCAUUCCUGUCAGCCAAGAACAGGAAUCUGAGGCUACAGUGGGCACGAUCUCACCCAAACUGGACAGCUGAAAAUUGGAAAAAAGGUCGCCUGUUUUUUCCCAACUCAUGGCUGAUCUAUCUUUAAUCAAGUUUAACUCACUCAUUAUUCUGUCACAAAGAUCAAUCAGUGUAUCUGACAGUCCUAAGGAGCCUACAGUUGAGGCCAACAGUUUACAUACACCUAGGCUUAUACAUUAAAUUUUUCACAGCUCCACACAUUUCAUGUUGCCAUACAUUCCUGUGUUAAUUCAGUUAGUGUAUUUUAGGUACUGUGCAUCCACAGAUAGGGGGUACACCUUUAUUAAAGCACUUUUACAGCAACUGGAAGUACCUAAAUGGGUAUAUGUCACCCCUGUGAACCAUCAAAAGGACUUCACCAGUCUUCAUUCAGUCUCUCUGCUGAUUCAACUUCACAGAAUGGACGGUAAAGCGAGGAACUCUCAUCUCUCUUAUGUUGAUUGCCUGCAGUCUGGCUGCAAAGAGAUGGGUCCCACUUAUCAUCCUGGUUUGCCCCUCUCAACGGUGUAAAAUCAAUCAGUGCUAGCCAGUAGCAUUACUUAAUUUCAUCCAAUAAAUGGAAAAGAUUAAAAUGGGUGAAAUAACAGAUGCUGGACAGAGAAUGUUUGGUGAAAAAAGUGUUGGACAGAUGAAUGGACAGAUGAAUCUAGGUUUGAGGUGUUUGGAUGAAAAAAGAACAGUUCUAAAGCACAGAACAAAUGAAAAGAUGCUGGAGGAGUCCUUGAUACCAUCUGUCAAGCAUGGUGGAAGAAAUGUGAAGGUCUGGGUUGCUUUGGUGCUUGUAAAGUGGGAAAUUUGUACAGGAUUAAAGGAAUUUUGAAUAAGGAAGGCUAUCACUCCAUUUUGCAACACCAUGCUUUACCCUGUGGAUGGCUCUUGAUUGGAGCUAAUUUCACCCAACAGGACAACGACCCAAAGCACUGCUCCAAAUUAUGCAAAACCUAUUUAGGGAAGAAACAGUCAGCUGGAAUUCUGUUUGUAGUGGAUUGGCCAGCGCAAUCACCAGGCCUCAACCCUACUGAACUGUUGUGGGAGCAGCUUGACAGGAUGGUAUGAAAGAAGUGCCCAUCAAACCAACCCAAAUUGUGGGAAAUGCUUCAGGAAGCAUGGAGUGAAAUUGAUGCAGAUUACCUCAACAAAUUGACAGCUAGAAUGCCAAAGGUCUGCAAGGUUAUAAUUGGUGCAAAUGUAGGAUUCUUUGAUGAAAAUGUUCGAAGCACU